AUGCUCCGAGCGCCGUUCCGCUUAGUGCUUCGGCGGGUCCAUCGCCGGAGCGACCCUCGCUUCCUCGCCGAGGCGCUCAACUUGCUUUCCCGUCCCGCAGACGCCGGUGAAAUCCACACCGCUAAUGCGCCGCCCCCUACGGCGACGCCCGACGCUCCCAAAUACACCCACUACCUCAACAACUUGGUCGUAUCGUUACUGGCACCCGCGGCAGACGCGCUGCUUCUCGCCAUGGCGACUCAGGCCCAGCUGGACUACGUGCGGCGGGUGAGCGACUCCACGAGGCUCCGCCAGCUUGUCGACCUCUUUGCCAGUCACCGCAAGCUUACGCCGCAGUUAUUGACGGAUAUCGUGCUUAACCGCCACUUUGAGCUGCCGGAAACGGUCCCUUUAGUGAUGAAUACCCGCAAGUGGCUCGGGGACCAGUGGACGCCGUUGCAGCACACCCAGUUCGACAUUGUCCUUUUGAAGAAGUGGGACGACGCCGAGAGACCGCUAUACAUCAUCAAGAACUUGAAACAGAACUUUUCCAGCUAUCUCGACCUCAUUAAGCGCCGCCAACUCUCUCCAUUCUUUGAGCGGAUCGUGUGGAAGUACACCUUUGAGUAUAUCCGCCACGAGGACGAGGUCGAGUAUGUCGAGCACGUGGUGGCUCUGCCGCGGCUGGCGUGGCUCAUUCUCGAGGUGCUGGCGCCGGCGAAGAUGGCGCUCGUCGCCGAAGCGAUGUUGCGGCGCUUCACUGACCUCACACCCUUGGAACGGCUCUUCCUCCGCACCACCGCCCUCGUCCCGCUGCAACUGAUGAAGCGGCUCAGCAUCAAGCACCGCCCGUGGCACCACCCGGUGCUGACGGCGCGCCAGGUGGCGCUUGUCCAGGCGAUGGAGACGCGCGUCGUCCAGGAAUUGCUCGACGCCGUCGCCGCCGCCGGCGCCGGUCCCAUUGACGAGCGCCACCGCCAGCUUGUCGAGCUCGUCCGCGACCUCAAACACUGGCGGGACGACGCUACUACCCCCGUCGACGCCGCGGUAGCACUGGCGGCGGAAGUGCAGGUGACGUAA